AUGGACGAGCAAGCGCACAUCAUCUGUGAUAUCUUCACAUGCAUUGGUCAGACCAUAGACCUAUACCCAGACGAUAAGCAUCGGUUAGACGACCUCACCCUUGCAGCUAGCGACAAGUUAGAGUGUACACUUUGGAGCAUGACGCUUGAACACAAGAUGCACCUGCAGGACCGCGCACUCAAGAUUCACGGCACCAAUGAUAAUAUUGAAUUUGAUGGCCUCAUCUCUAAGGUGAUAGUGGUACGACGCAUCGAGACGAUGGUGAAGAUCUGUUACGAGGCUACUCUUGCGGCCAUGUACGUCUCGACUUUCUCUGCACCAAGUACACCCUUAUUUGAAAGGGCUGUGGAGAUGCCAAGUCACGAGAACAAGUUCAGUGACGUCCAUUUUGUUGACAAAAUCUCUAGCCCGGCUGUGGUCCGGGGUACCAUCCUCAACGAUAACGCACUUCAAGCAGUUAGCUUGGCUGUCCUGAUAUGGGACACAGCCCUUCCUUACACCGUCAUCAUCAGGUACAACUUCUCCAUUCCUGAGGGUUGUACAGUCACAGUCUACCGACUGGCCCGGUACGGGAAGCUGGGCUGUGACAGCAGUGGCCGCGGCCGUGAUGAAAGCUUCACAGACAGUUUUGUCAAGGAUGGAAACUUAGGGGCAUGGCAUGCGGUGCGUAGCAGCCUGCCCGUCUUUAAAUACUGGGAUUUGGUACUAUUCCUUCCUGAGCAGCCAGUAGCGGCACGACCACCCACCCACGAAGGCUUCGGUGACGAAGACACCAAGAGGAUCCCAAAGGGCUUCGCUCAAUCACAUUACAUCUGCUAA